AUGAGAGGGACAAACCAGUUGAGCAUCUCUGAGUUCCUCCUCCUGGGAUUCUCCAGGCAGCCCCAGCAGCAGCAGCUCCUCUUCGUGCUCUUCCUGAGCAUGUACCUGGUCACAGUCCUGGGAAACCUGCUCAUCAUCCUGGCUAUCAGCACUGACUCCCGCCUGCACACCCCCAUGUACUUCUUCCUCAGCAACCUGUCCUUCGUGGACGUCUGCUUCUCCUCCACCACCGUCCCCAAGAUGCUGACCAAUCACAUACACGGGAGUCACAGCAUCUCCUUCUCUGGGUGUCUCACACAGAUGUAUUUUGUAUUUGUCUUUGUGGACAUGGACAAUUUCCUCCUGGCUGUGAUGUCCUACGACCGCUUUGUUGCUGUAUGCCACCCCUUACAUUACACAACAAAGAUGAGCCGUCAGCUCUGGGCCCUGCUGGUCAGUGGAUCGUGGGUCAUUGCCAACCUGGAUGUCCUAGUGCACACCCUGCUGAUGGCUCGACUCUCGUUCUGUGCAGACAAUGUGAUCCACCACUUUUUCUGUGAUGUGACUCCUCUCCUGCAACUCUCCUGCUCAGACACACAGCUCAAUGAGCUGUUGAUUUUUAUCUAUGCAGGGCUAAUAAUGAUUUCCCCACUUAUUUGCAUCCUGGUGUCAUACAUCCUUAUUGCUUGUGCUGUCUGGAGAGUCCCAUCCACAAAGGGAAAAUGGAAAGCCUUCUCCACCUGUAGCUCCCACCUGGCUGUGGUCUUCAUCUUCUAUGGCACCAUCAUAUCUCUGUAUUUCAACCCUUCAUUCUCCCACUCAUCUAAUAAAGAUAUAGCAGUUGCUGUAAUGUUCACAGUGGUGACCCCCAUGCUGAACCCUUUCAUCUACAGCCUGAGGAACAAGGAUAUGAAAGGGGCUAUUAGAAGAGUGGUUUCCAUGAAAUUUUUUUCCACCCAAUAA